CUCGCCAUUCCCCGUGGACCGUAUACACACGCCGCUCUUGCAAUACACAGAUACACACCGCGAACAAUGGAGGCCCUCAUGGUCAAGUCGCGGGCCAUGUGCCCGUUCUUGAACAAGACGUCGCCCGCUACGCUGCGCACCCUCAGCACCAGCACGAGCAUUCAGCCGACUGCCACUGCCACUGCCCCCGGGGGCGGCGCCAUGAGCAACUUGCAGACGAUUGCUCGCCGCUGCCCAAUCAUGGGCAAGGCUCUGUCCGUCCGCAGCGCUCAGCUCGGCAACACCGUUCUUGCCGGAGCAUUUGGUGGCUCUCGUGCAUACCACUCCAAGGUCCCACGUGCCAACUUGCACACCUCCGCUGAGAACAAGGCUCGAGCAGUGGAGUCUACUCGCGUUCGCUCCGACGGUCCUCUGUACACUCGCCAUCCAGCUCCAGCUGCAGUCUCGCAGACUCAGCACAACCACGUCGCCGAUCGAUACGCCACUCCGCCACCAUCACCGAAGACAACCCCAUUCGACUAUGAUGGAUUUUACACCAGUGAAUUGGAAAAGAAGCACAAAGACAAGUCGUACCGCUACUUCAACAAUAUCAACCGACUUGCUCAGGAAUUCCCGCGAGCGCAUAUGGGAUCCCGCGAAGAGCGAGUGGACGUCUGGUGCUCAAAUGAUUAUCUUGGAAUGGGGCGAAACCCACAAGUUUUGAAGAAGAUGCAUGAGACAUUGGACAUGUACGGUUCCGGCGCUGGUGGCACCAGAAACAUUUCUGGUCACAACCAGCACGCUAUGAGCUUGGAAGCGACUUGUGCAAAGUUGCACGCUAAAGAGGCAGCAUUGGUCUUCUCUUCGUGUUAUGUUGCAAACGACGCUACGCUUGCGACAUUGGGCAGCAAGAUGAAGGACUGCGUCAUUCUGAGUGACAGCAUGAACCACGCUUCGAUGAUCCAGGGCAUACGCCACUCUGGCGCGAAGAAGAUUGUUUUCAAGCACAAUGAUGUGGAAGAUCUGGAGAGAAAGCUCGCAUCCCUUCCUGUAGAUGUGCCAAAGAUUAUCGCCUUCGAAAGUGUAUACAGCAUGUGCGGCAGCGUUGGACCGAUCGAGGAGAUCUGCGACUUGGCUGAGAAGUACGGUGCCAUUACCUUUUUGGAUGAAGUCCAUGCUGUCGGCAUGUACGGGCCAAACGGUGCUGGUGUGGCUGAGCACCUCGACUACGACAUUUAUGCCAACGGUGGAAACACCAAAGGAACUGUCAUGGACCGCAUCGAUAUCAUCACUGGAACUCUCGGAAAGGCUUACGGGUGUGUUGGAGGUUACAUCGCAGGAUCUGCAAAGAUGGUUGACACCAUUCGUUCUUUGGCACCGGGUUUCAUAUUCACGACUUCGCUACCUCCAGCCACCAUGGCAGGCGCUGAAACCGCCAUCAACUAUCAAAUGGAGUACCAGGGAGAUCGCAGACUGCAGCAGCUCCACACCCGAGCUGUUAAGGCCGCGCUCGAUGCGAAGAAUAUCCCAGUCAUUCCAAACCCGUCCCACAUCAUUCCCGUUCUCGUCGGAAACGCCGAAGUUGCAAAGAAAGCCUCGGAUCUUCUUCUGGAGAAGCAUCGAAUCUACGUUCAAGCUAUCAACUAUCCUACAGUGCCUGUUGGGCAAGAACGUCUACGCAUCACACCUACCCCAGGACACGUCAAGGAGUUCCGCGACCAUCUCGUGCAAGCCCUGGACAGCGUCUGGAACGAGCUCAACAUCAAGCGUACAUCUGACUGGGCUGCCGAGGGCGGUUUUAUUGGAGUAGGCGUCAAAGACGCAAAGCCUGUUGAGACUCUCUGGACCGAUACUCAGCUAGGUCUCGAGGAGGUUGCAAAGGAAUUGAAGUCUGGCGAGGGUGCUCACGGGGUUUUGGAGCGCGUGCUCAGCAUUACCAACGCUGAGACUAGGCAAGCUGUUGCUGCUGCCGCUUGAAAUCUCCGCCGCUGCUGCUGAUAUUUGUCCUAUCUUUCUUGCACGUGCGCGCUCGCCAUUUGACCACGAUUUACCCCACUGGGAAAGUUGAUAUUCCUCUGAAAAGAUAGUUCGUGCUUCCUUAUUUCGAUGAGGUUACCAGUUUGUUCGUGAAGCUGAUCUUCAUCAAAUACAAUCCUUUUACACCCGCUCGGGUCACAACUUUGUGGCCCUCGAGCCCACAAACAAACUUUCCAAAUCACGUUUCAAUUUUCACGUACUUCAGCGCUAGUUUUGCCGUCGCAUGUCCAAGUGUCUCUGGCAGAUUCCCUUCUCUUAACCAUCUAGGAUACAAGGUAAUCUUCGCGAGCGUAUACCUGGUAUUCCAUGAGCACAUUGGGAUUCAUAGGUAAAAUUACAGUUCUCCACUACUAUUCCCUAUUAUCACGAUGACACCCGCAAACCUGCUAGAUUACAUGUCCGUGAUUUUGCAAAAGAGUCUUUCUAUAUGCCCAGUCCUGUUGAGCCUUUGAGGCCACCUUUGACAUAUGCUGCUGGUUUCAAUGCAUUGGUGGCGGUACUCUGCACGCCAGAAGUGGCAUCUGUCACUUUCGUAGUCGCUCCCGUCAGUUCUUUCUGAGGUUCCGAGUGGUCAUGAGAUUUUUCCGAGGUAUUAGCGGGCUUUGUGUGUCGGUCAUUGUAGCCUGAGAGGUCCUUCUUUGCAGUCUGCGAUCUCGCACCUUCCAUGAAACCACUCAGGCGGCCACCUGUGAGUCUGUCGAGGUGGUCACCAAUGGCACUUCCUUCGGGAACCUGCUUGGGUUCGCCGCCUUGGCUGUCUCCGUUUGCCCAUUUGAGGAGGUGAUAGCCUCCUAGGCCCCAUAGAAAGAGAAAGCAUGCAGCUCCGGUCGUGAACAUUACUGUUGGUAGAACGAAGAACAGUGCGAUGCAGACCAUGAAUGCAGUGAAGAGUACUGCUGCGAGCAGCCCAAUGAUCAGAGCCACGACCAGAGCGAAGAUGAAGACUGAUAGCGUGAAGAGCACAAACAAUCCGAGUGGAACUCCAGUGAGAGCCAGGUUCAUUCCGAGGAACGCCUAUAGCUUUGGAUUGCGAAGCAUGAAGUCCUGCAGUCUAGCCACGAACGCUGCCCGCUUCUCUGGCGGAAAGAUGGCAUCAAUCAUACUCUGUCCCUUGGUAAAUAUCUUGCUUGCGAUGCCAUCCAGGGAGCUGAGGACUUUAUCGCUACCAGCCUGAGCCUUUUCUUGAAUUCCAUUUAAUGGGGUGCCUUCGGUGGCUUCAGACCCUUUCUCCUGCACACCAGCACUGGCGGUCUUGAGUUGAUCAGCCAUGGUGGUUCGGUGUGGAGCUCGUCGAAUCUCCAGCUUUCGAGGUCGGCUGUGCUCUCUGUCGGAGCCUGAAGAAGCCGUGGUGACGGACGAGCGCCUUGAUGGCAGAGAUUCACGGAGAUGAUGAGAAAGUGGACGUGUUGAGAAAGC